CGAAGUUUGGAAUGCUGGAUUAUUCAAUUACGUAGAGAUAUUGAACAGGUUACUAAAUACAAGCAUAUCUACGCUAACAAUAAACCGGAUAUAAUACUGGGUAUACAACUUCCACUAAGUUUACAAAAUGUCUAUUCAGGCACCGAGGAAAGCCAUUGCGUGCGUGCUCUAUGCGACUGCCCUAUGCGCUGCACAGACUAUCUCUAGUUUUGAUAUCGGGCUGCGUACUCUAAUUAUAUCCAGUGAUUCCCAGCUGCAAGUAUUGCCUGAAGAGAUCAUCAAAAGCUACGGAGCUGCCUACGACAUUGUUACACUCGAUGCACAAGGUGGUCUGGCAUUAGAUUUGAUAGACCCGGCAACCUCGAACCCCAGGUACAACUCAAUUGUCCAGACGUCUGCCACACUUGGGUACUUCAACAAUGGUGCUUGGGUAGGGAAUGCACUGGGUGCCAAUAAGGCAGUCCUCGAUGACUACUGCGCCAAGUAUGGUGUAAGACGUGUUAUGCUUAACAGCGCACCGUAUGAUGUUGCAGAUAGUGCAAUCACUGAGCUAGUGGGUAGAGAAAGCACUGCCGAAACCAGUGUCUCGAUCACCGCCGAAGCAGUGACGGCCCAACUACCGAAUGUCGUGAAACCUGGGGUGGUUAUUAAGGUCGGGAAUGAGCACGAAUUUUCAGGCAAUACGUACUGGCUGAAUCCAACCUACGUGAAUCAGUCACUCAAUUGGGACAACCAUAUAACAACAUUCCUAGAGAUGAAGUUCUUGGUUACAGCCAACGAUGCGACGCAAAUUCCUGAGAUCGCUGGCAGCAUCGGGACUGCAAUCGGCGGUAUAGUCCACAAAAAUGUGGCAGCGAAUAAUACAGAAAGUAUGUAUUUCUUUUGCACGGCUAACAGUUUUGGGCUUCAUGGACCUACACUGGCUCACGCUUGGUUCCCUUGGGUCACCAGAGGUUUGUUCAUUGGUCAGCGCAAAGUCCUUCUGGACGCACAAAUCGACGACUUCUACCUGGACACGCCCCAAUAUAACACCACACUUGAUCGACAAGCCACCGAUGGCGAGUAUGACCCACCAUUUGGCUACCGUAUCACGGCCAACGAUCUGAGUUUCCAUGUGAAUGAGCAAAACAGUAUCAACGCUGCUAGUGCCCCUGGGUCUAACUUCAAGAUACAGAUAGCAUUCAAUGGCAAGGGUUACGGCGAGUUUGCGAACUACCAAACCAGUGGAGGAAAUUAUCUUCCCGAUGUGAAUCCGCAAUCGAUUCUGCAGUUCAACGAGUUCUACUGGCUCACUCAUACCUGGAAUCAUAUUGACAUGUAUUGCAUCGAGUCUAAAUGUCUGCCUGCAUCCACAUAUAUCGACCCGAACGUAGCGGCUUGCAACGAUUGGGCUACCGGGGCUUGCAACUACAACGAGCCUAUCUACCCCGCAUCUGGCUUCACCCCAUAUGAAUAUAACUACUACGAACUGACGAAGAACAUCAACUUUGCAUCGACCGUACUGAAUGUCGCUGCUUACCCCAACAGAUGGUCUGGCAACUCAAUAGUUACUCCUAGAAUAUCAGGACUGAAUUACACAGAGUCCAUAAGGGCCAUGCUUCAAGCCGGUCUCCGAUAUGCCACAGGCGAUAACUCGCGUACCGACCUCGAGCCAGAGAAUUCAUGGCACCCAUUUAAUCCCCAGGUUAAGGUAGGACCAGGCGGCGAACUACUAUCGGCUGCAGAAGUUACUGCCUUUGAGAAUCAGAUGCAAGCAGCAUAUCAAGCGCAAUCCAUUCUCGUUAUCCCAAGAUUCGCGACCCGUGUGUACUUCGAUGUGGCCACCAAGCUUCAAUUACAGAUGGAACACAAUUCUUUCUAUGGCCCAACCUGUUAUGGGUACCAACAAACCGAAAUCCCAGUUGCUGGUGGCUUCAAGUGCAAUGUCAACACAUUCAAAUACCCACGUGAUCUGACCACUGAUGAAGUCUUUGCCGUGGAAGGGUUUGAAACGGCCCGAAAUCUUUUGCUAAUGCGAGCUGACCCCUACAUGUUUCACCAGGUAGGCGUCCAGCUCAAGUUUCCCAUGGCUGCUAAUAUUUGAUGUUGUUAUUUACAUGUUACGUUGCCUCUUUCGUUCCGCUAAUAUUUAACCGCACAUACACGGAUAAAUGCAAUAUUGAUGUACAUACAUUGGCUUUGUUCUAUAGCACAACAUGUGUACUGUACG